AUGGCGUCGGGCGCGGUGACGCACCCGAUAGACCUCGUCAAAGUUCGCAUGCAGCUCAGAGGCGAGGUGGAUAAAGCGGCGGCCGCCGCAUCUUCGCGCGCCUCGACGCGCGCGCCGGGGAUGGUGUCCACGUUCGCGCACGUCCUGCGAGUGGAAGGUGCGCUCGGACUUUACAAAGGGCUCACGGCGUCGCUGAUGCGACAGGCGUCGUUCAUAGGGACCAAGUUCGGGGCGUACGACGCGCUCAAGGCGGCGCUGCGAAGCGAAGGCGACGAAAAGUUGCCGUUUUGGAAGAUGACGAUGUGUGGGAUCGGCGCGGGCGCGAUCGGCGCGGCGGUUGGAAAUCCAGCGGACUUAGCCAUGGUGCGGAUGCAGGCCGAUGGACGGUUGCCGGUGGAGUUGCGAAGGAAUUAUCGCAACGGCGCCGACGCGUUGAUGCGAGUGGCGAGAGAGGAAGGCGUCGGAGCGCUCUGGCGAGGGUGCGCGCCGACGGUGAAUCGAGCGAUGAUCGUCACGGCGAGUCAGAUGGCGGUGUACGAUCAAGCCAAGCAUUACAUCGUCGAGCACACGUCGUUAAACGAUGGAUUGUUGGCGCAAACCGGGGCGUCGUUUGGCGCCGGCGUCGUCGCCGCGCUGACGUCGAACCCGAUCGAUCUCGCCAAGUCGCGCUUGAUGAGCAUGAAAGCCGACGAACACGGUAAAAUGCCGUAUUCUGGGACGUUAGAUUGCAUCGCGAAGACGGUCAGACGCGAGGGCGUGUUCGCCGUGUACAAGGGGCUCGUCCCGACCACCGCUCGGCAGGUACCGCUCAACAUGGUGCGGUUCGUGAGCGUGGAGUGGAUGAAGCGCUUGCUUGAGCCACUGUGA